AUGGAACAAGCAAUUGCUGCUGCUAGAGAACAGCUAGGACUUCAAAACGCUAAAGAGGCGUUGAAAAUUCUAAAACCUUUCAAGAAAACGCUUUCUAACGCAGGGCAAAAAGAGUUAGAAUUAGUUCAGGUGUACGCAGACACAUAUUUGGAGAAUGGACAAGUCGAAAAGGCCUAUCCACUUCUUGAAAAAUCAUGCAACUUAGACUCAGACGGGAAAGUAGGUGGUUGCUCAAAGUUUUUCACGUUGGGUCAGAUUACAGGAGGACCUGAUGGUAUUACUAUCAUAAUGAAAGGUAUUGAAAACGUAUCAACUCUUGCUGGUAAUUCACUUUCUCAAGAACAAGCGAAUAUGAUAGUAAGUGGUCUUCUUUCAAUGAUUGAAAUCUGGAUGACAGAUCUCUGUAUGGAGCCAGAAGCUGAGGCUCAAUGUGAAGAACUAAUAUCCAAGGCCAUGGAAAUUUCUGAAGGUAAGUCUUCAGAGGUAUGGUCUACCCUUGGUUCUAUUAGAAUCUCCCAGCAAAAGUUCAGUGAAGCAUCUGAAGCUUUCACCAAGGCAUGGGAAUUCUUCAAACAAAAGAAGGCAUAUCUCGAAGAGCAAUUAAGCAGUGGGAGUGUUUCCACACAUACUGAAUACCUUGAUUUGUUACAGCCGGCCAUUUCUUUAGCAAAGAUGUGUAUUGAGAUGGGGCUUUACGAAGUCAGCUCACAAAUCAUAGCUGCGGUGAAGGAUAUCGAUGAGGACAAUAUAGAAAACCAUUACUUAGAAGGGUUUGUUCACUAUUUAACAGCCAAGCUUGAACAAUUCAAACAACAAAAUCCAUCGCUACAACUUUCUCCGGAGAAUAUCUACGAGUUCAACGAGCAUUUCCAGGAGGUACCGUUAGAUAUAACCAAUGAAACCUUAAAGGACACGAUAUACGAUGCCCGUGUAGCUUUGAGUUUUGCAUGUAAACUCUGCGAAAAUGCAGAUUCCGAUGAUGAUGUUGCGAAGGAAAUUGCACAAGGUGCUUCUUCUUUGUUGAAUGAGCUUGGUGGCCCACUAGACAUUUCAGAGCUAAUGAAAUUGAGAAAGGGAGAGGACGUCACUGAGGUAGACGAUAUUGAAAUCGAAGUGACCAGCGAUGCCGAGUAA